AUGACAGAAUGGACCCUGCUCAAACGCCUCUUAGAUGCCGUCCACCAGCACUCCACCAUGAUCGGCAGGCUGUGGCUCACCGUCAUGGUGAUCUUCCGGCUGCUGGUUGUUGCCGUUGCCACGGAGGACGUGUACACGGACGAGCAGGAGAUGUUUGUGUGCAACACACUGCAGCCGGGAUGCGCCACCGUCUGCUACGAUGCCUUUGCGCCCAUCUCGCAACCUCGCUUCUGGGUCUUCCACAUCAUCAGCGUGUCCACUCCGUCCUUGUGUUUCAUCAUCUACACAUGGCACAACUUGUCCAAGUUUCCCCAAAAGACCAACCAGACGCAGGCGUCGGAGCGAGAAGACGUCUCAGGGCAGUUGGGCCGGGACGUUGGUGGACAGGAGGCAUUCGGUCGGAGCUGUGACUCAGAUAGCUGCUCCCUCAGCUCGCAUAAGCAUCUUGGGAACAACCUGCUAGAGGUCCUUGAAGAUACUACAGCCGAGGCCUUACAUAAAGGAGAGCCCAAAAAUAUAAUGUCAUUUAUCCAGGCACGGGUAUGCGCCCACAAGGACGAUAAUACCGAAGGACAUGCUGUCUCUGGAGGGGUCUUGUCCAAGUGUUACGUCUUACAUGUGUGCUUACGUGCUGUUCUAGAGGUAGGAUUUGUGGUGGCCCAGUGGAAGCUUUUUGGCUUUCAGGUGCCAGUCCACUUCUUGUGUUCCACGACGCCCUGCAGCCAGCCAGUUGACUGUUACGUCUCCAGACCCACCGAGAAGACCAUUUUCCUGCUCUUUAUGUUCUGUGUGGGAGUUUUUUGUAUUCUUCUUAACUUGCUGGAACUCAACCACCUGGGCUGGAAAAAGAUCCGCCAGGCAGUGAGGAUCAGAGAAGGUGCAUCAUGGGGGCGCUACCCGGGAAAGAGAGGUGGAUACCAAAUCUUUCCAGCAGACACUCCUUCACUCACAUCUUCUCUGGGCUACAGGGAUGUGACAAGUACGACUUCACUGCCCACUUUGGACCUGGUGAUGGGUCACCAAGCAGACUGGACGUGUGGCGUCGACUUCGGCAGGAUGAGGGAGGAGGAGGUGGUCAGAGAGUUCAGACUGGAGCAGCCAAAGAAGCAUAAAAGAGAAAGUAAGAAGGAAAAAAGACCCUCAAAGCAGAGAAGUGCUGAGAUUUGGAUAUAG